AUGGAACUGGCAACCGAUGCGACAGCUCAGCGACUUCUGCACCAGCUUCUUUCUGAGGAGCAUGGCGAGGUGCUCAAUGACGCGAUGGCUGUUUCCUCGACCCGUGACCUGCAGUCCUCCGACGAAAGCUUCGAAGGGUUGCAGCCGCCAUUGACUUCGCUGGGCGCUUUGCUCCAGAAGGUCGUUGAGCAGCAAGAGCAGUCAUCUGGCGCGAUUGCUUCCCACGUUGCAAGCCUGGAGCGACAGAUACGCAAGCUGCAAAAUCAGUAUGAAGUCAAGAUGCAGAGCAAGGCGAAGAGAAAGCGCUUUCUCACAUCGUCUUCCACAAGCCCCAUCAGUCCAAAGACCAAGAAGAAGCAAAAGGUUCAGGAGGCGUUGUCUCCAAGGCUGUGCAUUGAGAAAGUGCGCCGGAACCUGGACUGCGAGUUCUUCAAUGUGGCUGAUGAAGAGAACGUGGGUGACCAGCAGGACCAAGAUGUCUGGAGCAUUGACGACUGGAGCGGCUUUGAACCGGCUCCGAAAUCCCAGACGGAGAUGGAGGGUCCGCAUGGUUGCCACGAGCCUGUCGAGAAAACAAUCGUCGCCAUCGCGGACAAUGGCGGUUUGGAGGACACGAUCUCCUCGCAGUCGCUGCCACGGAGCUGCAGCUCAGAGGCCUCGGCGACGGCGUCUUCCCAAGCAGUUGGUGCUGUGGCAUGGGAUCCCAAGGGGCUGCUGUGGCCAGAUUUGCUGCCGUGCCUUGAUGUGCACGAUUUGAAGAGCUGGCGCCAGAUCUCCCAGCAGACAAGGAGCCCGAAGGCCUUGCUAGAGCACGUGGCCGAAAUGGGCAGCAUUGACAGGCCUGCAGCACUUCUUGCUUUUCACCAUGCCGGAGGCGAUCUCGAACAGCGGAAGCAAUACGCUUGUCGUGGUUGGUGUUUGGGCCUGGCACUUGUCCGAUCAACCCAUUUUGCUGAAGCUGACGCACGCCGCAUCGUCGAGAAGAACCUUCGAGACUUGCUUUGGCACUGCCGUGAUGCGGAUGCGUCCGUGCGUGAGGCUGCGCACGGGGUCCUUGACCUGCAUGGAGUGGGGGGCCUCCCUUUUGUGCAGCAACUGAUUGCCGAAGACAUGCUCGGCCUGAUGGAGGAGUUGUUGUUGGAAUCCGACGACAACCUCCAGAAGGUGCUGGACUGCUUGCAUCAUCUUAGAAGUGUCGUUCGCUCACUUACCAAACUUCAGCGACAGCAAUGGGUGUCCAUCUUGGUCAGAAUCUUGCACCAUGACAUUGCGCACGAUUGCCAGAAGGAACUAAUUGGAGACCUGCAGAUCCUUUGGCUGAUUGACAGUGAUCCCAGCCGAAGCUUCGCAGAAGCAGAGAAACAGCUCUGGAAUCUUUACAAGACGAAGAUCACCAGUCCAGAUGUGCAUUAUGAUCUAUUUCAAGUCCUGCGUGGUUGCUGA